AUGUAUCAUCCAAUAACACUGAGCAUGAAAAACAUAAAAAAUAUAUCAAUAAGCAAAAGAUUAAAAACAAUUCAAUUUGUUGGAGAAGUCAAAUUUUCUAAAUUUUCUUCGUCCCUCAAGACAUCUUUAGGCAUUUUCAAAAAAUAUUUGGAAAUAAAUGGCAACAAUACAAGAUUCAUUCGAUGUAAAAAGAGACACGGUUUUGAAAUUCAGCGACAUCUUCAUUGA